AUGCAAUCGAAACAGCAGCAGCAAGGGGUAGACACGGCGGUGCGACUUUCAAGGACGGCGUGGACGGAGUUUCGACGGCUCUGCGUUCUUCGGGCUGUCCAGCACGUGCCCGUGCAGUACUUGGUCGGCGAGUGGGACUUCUACGGGCUUACGCUGGAGAUGGCACCGCCGACCCUCAUCCCGCGGCCCGAGACGGAGGAGCUCGUGGAGAUGAUUCUCAAGUGGCUGCGCCCGGACGUGAUGAACGCAAUCGCCGUCGACCGCGCUGCUGAUGCUCCUGCCGCCGGCGGUGACGGCGCCGACAGCAGUAGUAGCGACGAGAGCGGUAUGCGUUUCCUCGAUGUGGGCUCGGGGACGGGGGCGCUCGGGCUGGCGCUGCUCGGCGAGCUGCCCUCGGGGGCGCGGUGCGUGGCUGUCGACACGCAGGAGAGCGCCGUGCGGCUGUCGAGAAGAAACGCCGCACGCACCGGGCUGCAGGCCAGGUAUUCCUGCUUCCACGCCGCCGUCGCCGAGCUCGCUCCAAGUGAGAAGGGGAGCGUGACUACACCCGCAAUCGAUCGGCCGCCAAGAAGCAGCGUGGAGAAGGGUGGGAGAGAGGACCUCGACUUGGACGGUAGCUUCGACUUUGUCGUGAGCAAUCCGCCGUACAUCCCGACGAGAGACAUGGAGGGCUUGCCCCGGGACGUGGCGGACCACGAGGACAGCGUUGCCCUGGACGGAGGUGAGGAUGGUCUUGACGUCGUUAGGGACAUCGUCCGAUUGUGCCCACGACUGCUGAGGAAGGGGGGCCCGCGGCAGCUGUGGAUGGAGGUCGACACGUCUCAUCCCGAGGCUAUGCAGCGGUGGUUGGGGCUGGAGGUGGGGUUGGGCGAGGGUGCCGGGGGGAGCCAGGAGUGCCGGGCGCGAGGAGUGGCGAAGUUCGAGUGGAUGCGAGAUAUGUCGCAGCGCCCCCGGUUUGUUCGGUUGACUUUUGCCGAGCAAGACGAAAGGGAGUCCUAGCGACUGUGCUGUACAGGGAAGCUCGAUGGUUCUUUUCAGGGGAUGAUUCUUCAGGUGCUCACAAUGAGCGCUUGUGCAUUUCAAACGGCUUAGGUUCUUUCACGGUUUGAGGUGGCCCGAUCGCUGUAUCGACGUUGUUUGGGACUGCUGUGCUGCUGCUGUACCGCUUGAAUACGUUUUUUCCAGUUUUAGUAGGGGUGCAUUUUUUUUUCUGGAAUCUGGAGUAUCGGAGGGAAGGAAGUCUUACGUGUUCGUCGUUGUGUUCACCGCGUGCAUCAAACAUCUAGUAGCAAGAGCGCAACAUUCCGGAUAACGCUCUACUGACGUGCCACGUUUGCAUCCUCCGGGGGCGAAUGGUGUUCCAACAGUUACUGGUAUUCAAGCCUUGUACAGUUAAGGGCGAAACCAUCCGCUGGCUCAAGCGCGCACAACUUUGCACGAGCUGUAGGGCGCCGUUGAAACACAGCAGCGCUUGCCUAGUGUUUUUUCGUAGAUAGAAUCUGA